AUGCGACCAGGACGUCACAAUUCAUCGGAUGAACGACGAGGGGAAGAUCGAGGAAGUGGUUCAUCAAAUGGACGACAAAACAAUAAUGGAGGCAACGGUACAAUUAAUUCUAGACCAGGACGUCACAAUUCAUCGGAUGAACGACAAGGGGAAGAUCGAGGAAGUGGUUCAUCAAAUGGACGACAAACCAAUAAUGGAGGAAACGGUACAAUUAAUUCUAGACCAGGACGUCACAAUUCAUCGGAUGAUCGAGGAGGAGAAGAUCGAGGCAGUGGUUCAUCAAAUGGACGACAAAACGGUAAUGGGGGCAACGGUACAAUUACUUCUAGACCAGGACGUCACAAUUCAUCCGACAACCGACAUGGGGAAGAUCGAGGCAGUGGUUCAUCAAAUGGACGACAAAACGGUAAUGGGGGAAACGGUACAAUUACUUCUAGACCAGGACGUCACAAUUCAUCGGAUGGACGACAAGUGGAAGAUAGAAGUGAUCGUGUAUUUCCUCCAUCUCGAGGCAGCGGCUCAUCAAAUGGACGACAAAACGGUAAUGGCGGAGACAGUACAAUUACUUCUAGACCAGGACGUCACACUUCAUCGGAUGGACGACGAGAUGAAGAUCGAGGUGAUCGUGUAUCUCCUCCAUCUCGAGGCAGCGGUUCAUCAAAUGGAAGACAAAACGAGGGUUCCUGUCCUGCACCUGAAGAUGGCACCGUUGGAAUUUGCUCUGAAAUGUGCUCUAGUGACAACGAUUGCGAAGGUUCUAUGAAAUGUUGCUCAAAUGGCUGUGGACAUGUUUGUAAGAACCCUUUAUGUCCAGAAGUCUUGUGCAGGAUCUAUUGUGAGCACGGUCACCAACAGGACGAGAAUGGCUGCGAUUUGUGUGUUUGCAAAGAAUGUGACGGAGAAGUGGAUUGCAACGGAGAUUGCGGCGGAACAGCGACUAUAAACCGUUGUCAGCAAUGUGUCGGCGGGCGAACCCGUAAGCGAAACAAUUAUGGGAUGGAUGAGUGUGGACAUUGCAUACGCCACGACGGUUAUGUCAACACGAUGGACUGCAAUGAUGUCUGCGACGGCGAAGCGGAAGAAAACGAAUGUGGGGUGUGUGUCGGCGGAAGUACAGGAAGGGACGAGGAUUCUGGGUUGGACAGCUGCGGACAAUGUAAAACAUCACGCCGCCGCGGUUCGCCUGCAUCUAGGCCAACAAAAGACUGUAACGAUGUCUGCGGUGGGACGGCCAGGACAGAUUUAUGUGGCGAGUGUGUCGGUGGGACAACUGGUGUAGCAGAAAACGUGAAUCAACAUCGUCUCAAUUGCCUUGGUCAAUGUGAAACAGCCGAUGGUCCUCGCUACGUGAGAAACGACUGUGGUCAAUGUGUGCGUGCUCCGACCGACGGGUCCGAUCCUCCCACUGCUAGGGAUUGUAAUGGAAACUGCACCACAGGUCGUAGAAGAGCAAAGUUGGACAAGACAUGCGGUAUCUGCUAUGGAGGAAGAACGGGAAUCGAGAAAGAUAAUAUAAAAAACGAAUGUGGUGUAUGUACGAAUGAGGAGGAUGAAGCAGUUAGGACGGCUUGUUUCGGCUGCGACCGUGUACUAAACAGUGGGCUUGUUGAAGAUGCCUGUGGAAGAUGCGGUGGCGAUGGAUCCGGCUGCCAAACCAUACAGUCGGUCAGACCAAAGCUGAUACUCAACUCGGAAGGACAAAAGUUUACAAUAUUUGGCGCUGGGUUCAAAGACGGUAGCCGAAAUGCUCGAGCUGUUCCACGCAAUCGAAGGGCUGUCACUGGUGUAUCUUGUGUCAUCGCUUCACAAACUACCAACUUUAAUGCGGAGUGGCCGGUGUCGGACGCCGACUUAACCGUGACUACUGUCACCUGUCGGCUGUCGGAAGGGGAUCCGCUUCCAAACGGCGUCUACGAAAUCACAGUCAGAAAAGGAAGUGAAGUGAUAACCGGUAAUGAAGCAAUACGACUCAGAGUUUACCAACCGCCAGAGAUUGUUUCAUUGGUCCCCAGAGAAUUUGAUGCAGUAAAAGGUGGACCGCUAAAUUUCAAAAUCAACGUAACAUUUGCGGAUUCAACUCAACUAACCCAGUAUGAAAACUUGGUACCAAAGCUGAUAGUGAGGGGAGAUGUGUAUAUGGAAGGAAGAGUCAUCUCAGACACGAUUAUGUCCUUCAGGGUUACGCUUAAGAAAUACACCUCCAUGACUUUCAUCGUGCAACCGUCAUUUGACGGACGCGCACCUCUACCUGGCGGCGAUGACGGCGUAGAUGGCUUCACAGUGACUGUUUUUUCCGAGGGCCCAAGACUCGAACGUGCAAAAGUACAGAAUGAUGGAGGUGGUGUUAAAGUUAAGUUCAACCGAAACGUAAACACUGAUGAAUUGCAGACAUGUGACGCAAUAUUUGCGAAUGCCGAGAGGCUUGGAGGUGGGGCUGAGUGUGAAUGGAAAAGCCAAAGGUCGCUGGUUGUAACAUUCGGAGAGAAUUCUGAACUUGGUGCUGGUGAUUCACUGAGGGUUAAUCCGGGUGCGAUUGGCGGUUUUAAGCAGAAACAUUCAAGAACAUCAGAGGACGACGAAAUAUCGAUUGAAGGCCCACAAAACGCACAAGCACCCGUUGCUAUCUGCGAAGUGCCAAGCGAGAUCUCGUCAUGUGGCAAUCUCCAAGUGCGUGGAGAAAAGUCACGUGGGGGUGGUAAACGUGGACUGAAACGUCAAUGGAACAUCACAAAAAAUGGAGAAGUGGAUACAAGUUUACAAAGGCAACUUGAUGGUUUUAACCGUGGCGAUGAUGGCUGGGGUCGUAAAUCCUUUGAACUUGACGGGAGUGUGAUUGAGCCCAAUGUUGAAUAUGAAUUAACUCUAAGUGUGGAAAAUUCCCUGGGCAUUCGCCACAACGUGUCGCGGAGGUUCCGGAAGGCGAGCAUACCUAAGCCAACUGUAACAAUUAGGGUGAAAAAUGGUGAUGCUGAAGCGGCCCGAGUGUCUAAAUCGCUAACCCUUUCUGCUCAAGUUGAAUAUCAAGAAGGGUGUUUCGACGUUGGACAAACCAACUUUGAAUGGAGUUGGAACAAUCAGGACGCCAAUAUCGAUGACAAAAACCGAUUUUCCAGAAAGCUACUGAUCCCUGCGAAGAGUCUUCCUGGUGGAAAGAUCAUCCGAUUCACAGUGAAUGUUUCCAGGGAAGGGGACACAUCAACCUAUGCAACGGAUUUUAUUGACAUUCGUGCGGUCAACACAGACCUGAAGGCCAUCAUUUGGGGGAGUAAAAGCCGUCAGAUUGGCUGCAGAAGUGGUCUGGUAGAACUAGAUGGAAGCAGAUCUCAAGAUCCAGACGAAGAUGCCCACGAAAUGUCAUACGAUUGGACUUGUGAGCAGAUUACAGAUAACCUACCGUGCUACUCAUAUCGAGACGAAGAUGAAGAAGGGGUUAAGUUUGCAUCGCAAAGGGACAAUCGUACAUUGAAGUUCAAUUCAGAUCAGAUGGAACCAGAUAAGGAGUACCUCUUCACACUUCAAGUUCAGAAGGGUGAAAGGUUUGCUAGAACUGAAGCUACCAUAAGCUGCUCUGAAGAGGAGCCAAUAGAGAUUGAAUUGUCAACGAACAAUGAUGAGGGACUGUACAACAGCGACGAUGAAAUUGAUGUUAAGGCCAAAAUCCGAAGUAAUUUAGAGGUUACCAACUUCACAUGGGUGACUGAUAUCUCGCAGAAUGACUUAGCGGAAGAAGAUGAAAUGUGUAGCCCAUAUUUCUUUUUAUGUGAAGGGGCUUUGGCUAAAGGCGCAAAAUAUCUGUUACGCUUCACUGCAACUACCGAAGAUGGACGUACAGGCACUAGCGCUAUCGAGAUUAGGACUCGUGGUGGUAUCAAGCGUUGUGAGGUAAAUGUACAGGGUGAAUACAUUCCACUUGAAAAGGUUAGAUGUGAGAUCACAGGAUGCACAGUGGACGAGGACGACUACCCACUCAGUUUUCAGGUUCUCCGAAAAGAUGCUAUAGCCGACGAUUCUGAAAGAGAUGGCGAACAACGGAAAUUCUCCACUGCUUUAUCAGAACCUACGAAUGAACCUGGUUUUGAAGUAGUCGCUAGUCAACCAAACAAUGAUGAAACCAGAGUUCAUCUCGAAUUUCAGAUAUGUAGUGUGAGUAGUUGUAUUGCAACAGAAAUAACUGUGGAGGUUGUUGAAAGGGAAAACCCAUUAUCCGAAGUCGAAAAAGACGCAUUCUUCGAAGAGAACGUUGAAGAAGAACGUCAAAAAGGUAACCUCGUUGAAGCUCUGUUGGGACUGAAUGCACUGGUAUUAACUACUGACCAGAGUACUCCUGGUUCUCGCCGCAGAAAACGUAACGCCGACCAAGAAGAUAUAGCAGAGUAUGGUAGUCUUCAGAUUGAUCUACUUAACGAACUUCAGUCUGCAGGCAACUUAGGGUCACGUGAUAGACAAGCCGUAUUGGACCAGACCAGACAUUUAGCUUUUGAAUAUAUGAACUCAACUACAAGAAGGAAAGCAGUAGAGUCUAUUAGAAAUCUUCUUGAAGAUGAAGACGAAUCCUUAGAAUUUGAACCAUUGGACAUCGAAAGAGGGCGCAACGUCCUUAGCAGUCUCAGUGACGCUGCAGAAGGCAUCAAUCCACAAGAGGACAGAGAACUUGCUGAUGAAAUCAAGUCAGCUCAACGACUGGUUUUGAGGAAGUUGUCGCGUGGUUUAUCUUUCGAAGAUGAGAUCGAAGAAGAGACAAGUGACGUAAACUUUAAGGCUGUGAGAUCGCAGUUGGGUGACAGAUUGAGUACAUACACUGGUGACGGAGCGGCAUCCGUUAAUUUCGGUGAAACUCUGAAAGAAAGGUUUGCUACAGACUGGGAUUGCGACGAUGACCGAACCUGUUCUGACGUUAUCGUCAAGUUUUCGCAUUAUAAGGACGGUGUUGACUUGUCAUCGUUCAAUGAGGAAGAUGCACAAACGGUUAUUGCCGACAUCAUCGACAUAUCCAUUGCCAAUCCUGAAACAGGUGAUGAUAUUGAAAUAUCCGACCUGCAAACACCGGUGACUAUUGAUAUACCAAUCAAAGAAAUUCCGGAAGGAAAGAGACCCGUAGGCAAGUUCAUGAACAAGGAAACAUCUGCCUGGGAUUCAGAAGGCGUUGAGACAACUGUUUCCGAAGAUAGACGGACGGUUACUAUUGCUUCAACUCACUUGACAGAAUUCACCGUUGUCAUUAAUACUCUGAUAGUCAUUGUGAUCGUCGGUGCCGUGGCCAUCGCUUUUAUACUUGUGUUUGUGUUGACUGUCGUUGUCUGGCCGCGGUUCAAGAAGCGAAAGCAGGUGUCACCAACACCUUCUAAAGAGAACAUCAAAGAAUAA